AAUCUGAACCUCCUCAGACAUGGAUAAGCAGUUAAGCACAACCCUCCAAAACCCUGUAUAUAUAAAGCCACCCUCAGAUUGGUUUUGCUAUGGGUAUAAAUGCGUGUGUCUGGAUAAGGGAAUAUAGCUUACCCAGAAGAUAAAAUGGCUGGCUUCAGAGAUUACUACAUCUGUGGCUUUGUCAUCUUGGCUUUCAGCACUGGUUGCGCCAUGUCUUCGGCUUCUUCUAAGACUGUGAAGGGCGCUUACUGGCCUUCCUGGGCUGUGAACUUUCCUCCUUCCGCCAUAGACACCACCUUGUUCACCCACAUCUACUACGCUUUUCUUGCGCCCAAUAGUGCCACCUUCAAGUUCGACGUCUCUGAUUCUUCUACGGCCCGAUCGCUCCUGAAUUUCACGUCGACCCUCCAUUCCAAGAACCCUCCGGUCAAAACCCUUUUCUCCGUCGGCGGCGCCGGUGAAGGCCAUGCUCUCUUUUCCAGGAUGGCGGCCACCGCUGCCUCCCGGAAGAGCUUCAUCGAUUCGUCUAUAGAAGUCGCGAGGAAGUUCGGGUUCGAUGGAGUCGACCUGGACUGGGAGUUUCCUCAAACUCCAAAGGAGAUGGACGACUAUGGAUACUUGCUCGAGGAGUGGCGCGCCGAGGUGGAAAAGGAGGCAAAAGCGACUGGCCGGCCUCCGCUCCUGCUCUCGGCGGCGGUGUACUUCUCCAUCGACUUCUUCCUCUCCAACGUCCGCCGGUCGUACCCAGUUGGCCCGGUUAGCAAGAAUCUGGACUGGAUUAACGUGAUGUGCUACGACUACCAUGGCUCGUGGGACACUUCUAAAACCGGGGCCCACGCCGCUUUGUUCGACCCGAGCAGCAACAUCAGCACUAGCUACGGGCUCGGGUCAUGGAUCAAGGCCGGGUUCCCCCGAAGUAAGCUGAUCAUGGGUUUGCCGUUGUACGGAAGGACUUGGAAGCUCAAGGACCCGAACUCCAAUGGCAUUGGAGCCCCGGGCGUCGGGGUUGGGCCCGGGAACGGGGAAAUGGCCUACUCCCACGUGGAAAGGUUCAACGUCGAAAACAAUGCGACUGUGGUGUUUGACUUGACCACAGUGUCCACGUAUUCAUAUUCCGGGACAUCAUGGAUCGGAUACGAUGAUGUUAGAUCAACGUCGGUAAAGAUAACCUAUGCUCAAUUGCUUAGACUUCGUGGGUAUUUCUUUUGGGCUGUCAACAGUGAUUAUAAUUGGAAGAUCUCUAAACAAGCUUCAAAGUUGUGGGUUCGUCGCUAAAGAAUUUGGGUAUCUCUAAUCAGGUGAAAGUCAAAGGAAACUAGCUACAGUUUGAGAGCAUCACAUGCAUGCACUUGUAUACGCAAAGAACGUCUCUUUUCCUUCACUGCUCACGCAAGGAUUAACCUCCUGAAAACCUUAUUCUUUCUGUUUAGAUGCCAUCAAUUCUCUCUUUUGUGUGAAGAUGAAUCCAUAUAAAUCAAUUGAUUGGAAGGAAUCAUCAAUAUAUAUAUAUUAUAUUAUAUAUCACAUAAAUGGCAUUACUUAUUUAUUUUCUU